AUGAACCCAUCGCAAAAGCUGGUCUGUAAUGCGAUAAAUUGGCCACGCACACUCAGCGUGGCAUUCCGACAUUUGGCCAAUCAGAUGCAGCCCUGGACACUCGGGCCAUGCAUGCGCACACCUGGAGUGACGAAGAUGGCGGAGGCAGGAGGAGAGCAUGCGAGGGAUGCGGAGGAAACGCUUGUGCCAAAAACAAAUAGCACCUCUGCUAUUUGGCAGUACUUCGGAUUCAAAAAAGAAGACAACCUACAGAGUCAGGUAUUGUGCAGGACCUGCAGGGCGGUUGUUGCAACAUCCAGAGGUAACACCACCAACCUCCAUCACCACCUGCUGCACCACCAUAAAGAGCUGCACGAGCAGUUCAAGGCCAGUCAAUCGAGAGCGCCUAGCAGCAGUAAAGCAACGCGACCAUCACUGCAGCAACAGUCCAUUGCUCAGAGUUUUGUGAGACUGACUCCAUAUGAAAAGUCCUCUAAACGACACAUUGAAAUAACAGAGGCCAUAACCCACUGUUUGGCGAAGGAUAUGAUGCCCACUAACACCGUGACCAGACCCGGAUUUCUGAGUCUAGUUCACAAACUCGAUCGACGAUAUGAGGUGCCAUCACGGACUUAUUUUUCUGAUGUUGCUAUUCCAAAUCUGUAUGAAAAGUGCAGGACGACGGUGGAGUCGGAGCUGGACCAGGUCGAGUACUUUGCCUGCACCACAGACCUCUGGUCCAGCCGAACCACAGAGCCCUACAUCAGUCUCACUGUACACUUUUUGGACCGGGAAUUUCAGCUGAAAACACGGUGUCUCCAGACACAGUAUUUUCCAGGAGAACACACCGGCGAGAACAUUGCUUAUGGGUUACGUGAAGCUUUGACCAGCUGGCAUCUCGGAGAGGAGCAACUAACCUGUGUGACCACUGACAACGGAGCAAAUGUUGUUAAGGCCAUCGAGCUUAACCACUGGGUCAGACUACAGUGUUUUGGGCACCGGCUGCAUCUCGCUAUCGAAAAUGCUCUUAAAGAUGACAGGCGCAUUGCCCGUGCUACUGGGCUGUGCAAAAAAAUGGUGGGACAUUUCUCCCACAGUUGGAAGCAGAAGACAGCUCUCAGGAGAGCACAACAGAAGCACAACCUUCCAGAGCAUGCCCUUGUCACUGAAUGCCCAACCAGGUGGGGCUCAAAACAGAAAAUGAUGGGGAGGAUCUUGGAGCAGCAGCGGGCCUUAUCUGAUGUCCUCUCAGCAGACCGAAAAACACGGCAUCUGGAUCCCUCCUGGCAAGACCUGGAGACAUCAGUUCUUGCAGGAAAAGAAGGUGACACAGAUUUGACAAAGGAUAUCAAGUUCAAGAGCAGCUACAUCAGUGUCGAGAAGGUCCAAGACAUCAAGACCAGGGUGAUGUCGGAGAUGAAGGAUACAUCGCAGAAGGAGGGAGAAGAUUCUCAGGCCAAAAGUGUAAAUCCACCCAUCGACAAGAGGGCAAAACCAUCACUGGGCAGUUUGCUCAAAAGUAAUCCAGGUCCAACCUCCACCACAUUCGACAUGCAGAUGGAGCAAGCUAUUGAAGCUGAAGUCAACAGCUACCUACUGUCCCCCACCAUUGACAGUGAGGCAGACCCGUUGACUUGGUGGAAACUCCACCACUUGACUUACCCGAAGCUGAGUAAACUAGCUCGGCGGUAUCUGUGUAUACCUGCCACUAGCUCACCCUCAGAGAGGCUCUUUAGCACAUCAGGGAACGUGGUAACAUGUCAGCGUGCAUGUUUGAAACCUACCAAAGUUAACAUGUUGGUGUUCUUGGCUAAGAACUUGCCCUGA